AUGUCUCCAACGAAUUUCGAUUGCUUCCUUUUCCUAAUAGAAAUGCAAGAAAUUUGCUACAUUAACGGCUCCACAAUUCAUCCGCCUCAAAGCAUAGUAAUAAAUGAAGAAAAUUGCUCACCAUUUCUUAUGGCACAACCAGUCGAUCCAGAUCUAACUGCUAAACUACUUGGCCGUGGUGUGGCAGUAUCGCCAAUUGUAACAGUUGAGCCACGGCGCCGUAAAUUCCAUAAGGCUAUCACGCUGAGUAUGCCCGCACCGAAGGCACAUAGUCAGGGCAUGAUAAAUCAAUAUUCUGGCAAUACACCCACACUCCGUCUGCUUUGCUCCAUAACAGGAGGGCCGUCCCGCGCGCAAUGGGAGGAUGUGACCGGCUCUACACCAUUGACGUUCGUUAAUGAUUGUGUAUCAUUUACGACAACCGUAUCUGCUCGAUUUUGGUUAAUGGAUUGCAGGAAUAUUUCAGAGGCUACUAAAAUGGCAACCGAAUUGUACAAGGAGGUAAUACAUGUACCAUUUAUGGCUAAGUUUGUGGUAUUUGCCAAGAAAGUGGAACCUUAUGAAGCUCGUCUACGAGUUUUCUGCAUGACCGAUGACCGCGAGGACAAAACUCUCGAAAAGCAGGAACUCUUUACAGAAGUCGCCAAGAGUCGUGACGUUGAAGUGCUUGAAGGCAAGCCACAGUAUAUUGAAAUGGCUGGUAACCUAGUGCCUGUCACAAAAUCUGGAGAUCAAUUGCAAUUGCAAUUCAAAGCAUUCCGUGAGAAUCGUUUACCAUUCACGGUUCGCGUAAAGGAUCAGCAUGCCGAUAUUGUGGGUCGUACAUUGUUUAUGAAAGAGCCAAAAGUAGCCAAGGGUGAGCCACCGCAACAUCCCAUCUGUAUUUUGAAUAUUGUUUUGCCGGAUAUUGUCAUACCGGACACAACUACCGAGUUCAGCGAUAAGAUCACCACCACCUAUCGCAGCUCACUAUUUAGUUUGAGUAAACAUCAAAAUGAUCAUUACAUCGGCGAUAUACGUAUUGUGGAUUUAUCGAAUUUACUAGGCAAGGAUUGGAUUCAAUUGGCCUCUGAAAUCGGUAUUAGCACGGAAGAGAUUGAUGAGAUCAUAAAUCAAAAUACUGAUAGUAUUGCGCGGCAAGCCCAAAGCAUGAUUCGUCUUUUUAAGGAUAAGCCAAAUUACGAUAUACACGCCUUAGAAGUAGCGCUCAAAAAUAUUGGGCGUGAUGAUAUUAUGAAAAAAUGUAAAAGUGGACGGCUUUCCCACUCGCGUGAUUUUGAUGAAACUGACAUUAUGAAGAACUCGGAGUCUGUUGAGGAGCUGGUGCGGCAAGAGAGUAAACGAAUCCAACAGAUCCAUGAUCACGAAGAAGUUAAAUACUCGGCCGAAGAAAAAGAAGUUGAAGAAUCUGAAUCAGAUGAGGAAAUUACGAAACGCACAGUAGCGGAACGGCGAGAGAAGAUCGUGAAACGCCUCUCUAUUGAACGACAGAUUCCUGCUUCAUCACAAAAGAAAGAAAUUACACGUGAAAUUUCGGAAAUUAAACGUAAAAGUCUUAUUGAGGACAAAAAGGCUAUUCAUGAAUCGGAAAUCAUGAUGCAAUUGCCCACAGAUAAUAUCGUUAAGUCCACUGUCGCUCCAGAUCAAGUAAUGAAAAUGAAAAUGGGUAAAAUGGAUUCCACCGAAAUAAGUAAAAGUGAAUUUGAUAAGGAACUGACGCACAAAUUGAAAACUUCUGGGCGCAGCUCAGAAGAGGAGGACUCUGUAACAGAAUACAAGCAGGUCCAGAAUGAUGAAAAUUUGAAACUAAUACAAGAUAUUAGCGCUGUCGAGAAGCUCAAGCUCCUGCAAGAGUCAACCAUAACUUCAGAACAAGAAAAAACAAAACAAUUGACUGAAGAUUUUCUAAAUGUUGAGAAGCAAACUCAACUUCCAGUCGAUAUUACCAUCAGCGAGAAGUUUGUUGAAGAAGUGAAAGAAAAGGAAAUGAAAGGCACAGAAACUUUAGAGAAAUCCACACCGCUUACAGAGAGGGUGAGCACAGAAAGUAAAACGUAUACAAUCACGGAAACUAUUGAAACGGUGAAAGAGGAAAAAAUAAAGGGCAGCUCAAUUGAAGACAAAAUCGCUGACUUUGAAGCCAGAGGAGUUACCUAUGAUAUGAAAUCAGUGAUACCAAAAGAUAUGAAAAAACAUGACGAUGGACCAACAGAUGACAGCUAUCUAGCACACGAAAAACCAGUUAGGUCUUUUGAAAAAACACUUACCGAAGACUUUUUAAGUGUGGAGCAAAAAUCUCAAUUGCCGGCCGGCAUCGAAACUACUACCGACUACAAAGUUGUACAAGAAACUACUCGUCCAGUUGCCGAGAAGAGGACAUCUCUCGAUGAAAAAGUGCCAGAGCCAAAGACACGGUCAUCUACAGAAGAGGCUUCGAAAACCACAACAUCAAAGGAUAAGAAGAGUCCCGUCGAAUCAAUCAGUACAACUACUGAAGCUACGAUAAAGUUCGACAAAGUGGUUGUAGAAGAUAACGAAGCCGCAUUAAUCGAAACAAAACAGCUAACGCAUGAAUUUUUGAGCAUGGAACAGAAGUCUCAGAAAGAAAUGAAGAAGAGUGUGAAUGAACUUGUAACAAGUACCGCAGAAGUGAUGGAAACAGCAGCAGAAAUCUUUGAAACCACAGAGCAACUAGAGGAGUCAACGAAAGAUAUCGAGUUCACAAGAGCUCAAUUAAAAGAAGCAGCUGAAAAACAUGAUGUACCGAAAACUACAAGAGAUCUCACAGAUACUACAAAGGUGCUAGAAGAUGAACUGAAUACUAAAUUGUCGGAAAAAGUUUUGGAAACCAAAGAAAUCGCAAAGAAACUAGAGAGUGAGUCAAAAACUGAAGUAUGGAAGACCGUAGCCGAUACAGAUAUACAUCAAACUAAGGAGAAAGUGGAAUUUAAAAUGAAAGCUGACGUGCAUAAGACGACCGAGGACCUUGAAGAAUUCGACAAAAGGGUGGAUAGUGUAAAGGAGUUAGAAAAGGAGUUGGAAAAGGAAGUAAAAACAACAACUGAUGAUGUUAUAGAUGCUACAAAGAAACUCGAUGUAUUCAGAGAUGUUGACACGGAGAAGAAAACUGAUAAAACAUUUAUGAAAGAAACAACUUCCUUUCCAGCUAAAGAGUUAAUUAGUGACGCUUCAAGUUCAUCAGAUUUAAAACUUGAUAGUUUAGAAAUAAGUGAAAAAAAGAUUUUUCCAACUCACGAAGCCACUAAACCAAGCGACACGUUGUCAACUGUAAGCACCAAACAAUUAACAGCAGAUUUCUUGGCAAUGGAACAGCAAGUGCAAUUUCAAAUAUCAGGAGAACCAGAAGAACAAGUCGAAAAACAGGAACUCUUCAAAUCUGCCACACAUACUGUUGUGCCUUCAGUUUUGAGCUCUACAGUUGUUCCAAUCAUUCCCUCUGGCGUGGAUGCUGAACAAUCCUCUACAGUCGUAGAUUUACAAAAAUCAACAACUGAUGUGUCUAAAGAAAUUGAGAAAUUAGUAGACACUGAAACUACUGAAGUAAAAAGCGCUAUGAGUGAUCUGAUUAAAACAACGAGCGUUAUUAUGACUACCGUACCAAAACUUGGAACUGAGCAGGAUAUUAAAUCAUUAGAAGAAAGUCUUAAAGAAAGCAAAGCUGACGUUAAGUCUUUGUUGGCUGAAUCAACUACGAAAGAACCUAAGAAAGAAGUCACACCAGGAGCAACUCUAAUCGAUUUUGAACCAGACAUUAUAGUAGAUGAGAAAACAACUACACUCAAGAUGAGUUCAGCAGUAACGGACACGGUCAAAGAAGAGAGCAUAAAACUUGUAGAAUCUGUUAAAAAGCUCGAAGAAACUAUAAAAGUAGUCGAUAAAUUACAGGAUGAUGGCAUUGAGAUAGCCGCGCCCAUAAACGAGACCGACAAAGUAUCUGCAGUAGGUGUGAGGAAGCUAACUGAAGACUUUCUCACCAUAGAGCAAACUACACAACUCACAACAAGCACAAAACCUAUCAAAGAAACAAUUAUAACGGAUAGCUAUGGAAAAACAACUACACUACCCAUGCAAGAAAUGCCGCAAACGGCAGCAGAGGCUAUAAGCAGCACUAGCUUAAGUGAGGAAAUUAACAAAAUCGUAACCGAGGCGGCAACAAAAAUAGAUACAAUUAAAAUAACAGAUGACUUCUUAGCCACAGAACAGCAAACACAGCUGCCGAUUGUUAAGCCGUUAGUAGCUGACACUGGAACUGGCCUCAAGGCUGGCGAUGAUUUGGCUGCACCUGCACCUUUUGAACCACGAAAAUCUAUAACCCUCACAGACGCUGAAUUCUGCAAGUCAGUUGAGGAAACAAUUACAAAGAAGAUGAGUGCGGGACAAAUUGAAAUAAACGAUGAGCUCAAAACGCAUACGAGCGACAUUCCACAUUCGCAAACCCCACCACCUACACCAAUUGAAAUUAGAAGGCAAGACGGAGAAUCACCGCCUGGCACUACUUCCGAUAAGAAAAAUCAUCUAACUGAUACUGUGAUCACUUUACAUAAGACCACAGAAUCAACAUUCGAACGUGUUUCGGGAAUUUCAAAAAUCGAGCACUUCAGCAUUCAAAAUGUUAAAUCUAGUAGCUUUGCCAAGAUUACUGAAGCUAGAAAGUCGCCCGAAACGAACGAUGUACCUACGAGAGCAGCUAAAGAAGAAGUAGAACGCCUUAGCGACACUACCUCAUUUUCAGAAAUGAGUGGUGGUAGUCAAAUUAAGACAACUAUUACAACUGCUGUAACUAGAACAGAAAUGGCGGAAAGGCACGAUACUGCAUUCGACAAACCGCCAAAAACAGCUAAGCAUACACCAGCUGAAUAUGCAACUGAAGUGGCUAAAGAUGAUGAUGAGUCGAAUUUAAAACUGUUAGAGGGUCGAGGUGAUGUUAAGCGAAAGAUUAUGCAAUUAGAAAACACUAAACACAGCGCGGUGGCACCUGCUAUUGACAAACACAAAUCAUUGACAGAGAUGGGAGAAAAAGUUCCAGCCGUUAAAGCGGUUGUAAAAGAUUUCGAAGACAAAUUUCAUGAUUAUGCAUUGGAAGCACUACCAUUCAAGGUGAAACCACGUGAAUCUGUGCCUGCUCCCUCAUCGGCUAAAGUGGAUGAAAAUGCUAUGGAGAAGCAAAUAUUGACGGACUUUGAUCUGGCGUUGGAAAAACUCGUAUCACAUGAGCCAACAGCGCAAGAAUUAAAAUUAUCGCCAGUUGAGGCCAUAGAGAAUAGAUUAACUGAUGAUAGUUUGCCUAAGGAAGAAAUUUGUGAAAAAGUGUGCUUAAAGCGCAAAAUGUUUGAAGUAGCUAGGGAUGAAGGUGAUAAAAUGCACACAGAAACUAUCAAACCAAUCUCUGUUGAAUCACAUGUAAAAGAUAAAGGUCAUGUUGCUGAAAUUGUGGUAGAUUCUGAUUUAGACAAAGUUGCUAUUCCGCCAAUGGAGUUGAAGAAAGAAAGUGAUGGUGAAUUUCCCGAAAAAUUACCAAACGUUAAGAAUGUUGUUAAAACAUUUGAGGACCGAGUAGCACUUUCGUCUCUCGAAAGCUCACCGUUCCCUUUGCGUAAACGUUAUGUAAGCGAUGAGACAGAGGAAAAAUUGCAUAGUACUUUGCCACUAGACCAAGUGUCAGCAGUUUCUGCAGCAUUUAUUGACAAACAAAGUAGUCCGCAGAUAUCCGAAGAUAGUUUUAGGCGAGCUACAAGCAAUUUUGAUCGAAGUAUAGACAAUUAUAAUCAACAAAAAAUGUUAGCAAGUGCAAGCCAAGAAGAUAAACUAAACCUCCAACAAGCAGAGAGGCUAAAAGACAAUAAGGAGCCGCUAAUUACUAAGAUCUCACAUGAUUUUAUUACGGCAAAGAGUCCAAUAGAAAUGAAAGAUAAUGCAAAUAUAUGUGAUAAAAAAGAAUUUCCAAGUGAAGGAAAUAUUGUGAUAGACAAUUUAAGCUUCCCAAUGACAAGCAGAGAAAAGAUUGAUUUAGCUGUAGAGCAGACAACUGAAAGAAGUUUGAAUAUUUUUAGGGAGUACGAAAAUAAAAUACACGAACAUGAACACAAAGGGGAAAUAUGUAAAGCAGAAGAGAUGCACCAAACAAAACACUUAGAAAAUAUUUUGCACACAACAAUUAGCGCCCAGAAAGAGACUGAUAUAGAAGCCGAAGAGUCAACUUGCAUAGCAAGUGAACACACUAAGUCUAUAAACAUUCUUAAAGAAGAACUAGUUUCCAAAGGGGAAACCACUCUUGUUUCAAUAUGCAAACAAAACGGUCAUUUAAAAUCUGCUCAUCCUGCUAAUACAAAUCGAGUCGACUUAGAAACUUUUAGCGUACCAAUUGUGCCUUUACACAAACCUGCUCCAACUAAUCGUACCAGCGAAGAACUAACAGGAGAAAACUUUCAUACCCCAAUCACUUCAUUUAAAAAAGACUGCAUAAAAACUUACCAACAAACUUCCGAGUACGUUGAAAAGACUACUAAAGAAACAUAUUUUUUUAACACAUCUGAGGCGAAACUGACAGCUUCAGGACAAACAGAAGUGGCACGAACAACACACGAACAAAGCGCGGAAGUUACAACAGAUAUUAUAACCGAACAACUUUUUUCAAAACCAGAAGAAAAACUGAAAUGCCCACUUGACACAACUAAACAUAUUCCACAAACAUACGCUCACCCUUGUAAAGAAGCAAUCCACCAAUCAAUGAUUCCUGACGUCCAACCAGUUGUGCCUCAAAAGUCAUCAGUUACAAAACUACAAGAAACAGUUAUUAAAGAUAUGCAACCAAUUUCGGAACUAGAGGACAAAACAAAAACUCCGCUUGUCGUGACUAAACCUAUUCAGCACACAUUCUCCUCUUACGAAUCUCACGCAGAAUACGACAAAUCAAAGGCCACUGACGUGAAACCAGUUUUGCCCCUGUUACCAUCAGUUGCUAAGCCAGAAGAGAAAGUUAUCAAAGAUAUGCAACCUAUUUCAAAACCAGAGGACAAACCCAAAUCUCCUCUUGCCGUGACUAGACCUAUUCCAAGUACAUUCUCUUCUGACGAAUCUGACGAAGAGUUCGAUAAACCGAAGGUCACUAACGUGAAACCAGUCUCGUCCCUGAUUCCUUCAGUUGACAAGCCAGGAGAGAAAGUUAUCAAAGAUAUGCAUCCUAUUUCAAAACCAGAGGACAAACCCAAAUCUCCACUUGACGUAAGUAGACCUAUUCCAAGUACAUUCUCUUCUGACGGAUCUGACGAAGAAUUCGAUAAACCGAAGGUCACUGACGUGAAACCAGUUUCGCCCCUGAUUCCAUCAGUUGCCAAGCCAGAAGAGAAAGUUAUCAAAGAUAUGCAACCUCUUUCAAAACCAGAGGACAAAUCCAAACCUCGACUUGACGUAACUAGACUUAUUCCAAGUAAAUUCUCUUCUGACGAAUCUGACGAAGAAUUCCAUAAACCCAAGGACACUGCCGCGAAACCUGUUGUGCCCUUGAUCCCAUUAGUUGUCAAGCCAGAAGAAAAAGUUAUCAAAGAUAUACAACCUAUUUCAAAACCAGAGGUCCAACCCAAAUCUCCACUUGACGUAAUUAGACCUAUUCCAAGUACAUUCUCUUCUGACGAAUCUGACGAAGAAUUCGACAAACCGAAGCUCACUGACGUGAAACCAGUUUCGCCCCUGAUUCCAUCAAUUGACAAGCCAGAAGAGAAAGUUAUCAAAGAUAUACAACCUUUUUCAAAACCAGAGGUCCAACCCAAAUCUGCACUUGACGUAAGUAGACCUAUUCCAAGUACAUUCUCUUCUGACGGAUCUGACGAAGAAUUCGAUAAACCGAAGGUCACUGACGUGAAACCAGUUUCGCCCCUGAUUCCAUCAGUUGCCAAGCCAGAAGAGAAAGUUAUCAAAGAUAUGCAACCACUUUCAAAACCAGAGGACAAAUCCAAACCUCGACUUGACGUAACUAGACUUAUUCCAAGUAUAUUCUCUUCUGACGAAUCUGACGAAGAACUGGAAAACCCGAAGGUCACUGUCGCAAAGCCAGUUAUGCCCUUGAAGCCAUCAGUAGAAAAGUCAGAAGAGAAAGUUAUCAAAGAUAUACAACCUUUUUCAAAACCAGAGAGCCAACCCAAAUCUCCACUUCACGUAACUAGACCUAUUCCAAGUACAUUCUCUUCGUACAAAUCUGACGAAGAAUUCGAUAAACCGAAGCUCACUGACGUGAAAUUAGUUUCGCCCCUGAUUCCAUCAGUUGCCAAGAGGGAAGAAAAAGUUAUCAAAGAUAUGCAACCUAUUUCAAAACCAGAGGCUAAACCCAAAUCUCCACUUGACGUAACUAGACCUAUUCCAAGUACAUUCUCUUCUGACGAAUCUGACGAAGAAUUCGACAAACCGAAGGUCACUGACGUCAAACCAGUUUCGCCCCUGAUUCCAUCAAUUGACAAGCCAGAAGAGAAAGUUAUCAAAGAUAUACAACCUCUUUCAAAACCAGAGGUCCAACCCAAAUCUCCACUUGACGUAAUUAGACCUAUUCCAAGCACAUUCUCUUCGUACGAAUCUGACGAAGAAUUCGACAAACCGAAGCUAACUGACGUGAAAAUAGUUUCGCCCCUGAUUCCAUCAGUUGCCAAGCCGGAAGAGAAAGUUAUCAAAGAUAUGCAACCUAUUUCUAAACCAGAGGAAGAAUUCGAUAAACCGAAGGUCACUGACAUCAAACCAGUUUCGCCCCUGAUUCCAUCAGUUGCCAAGCCAGAAGAGAAAGUUAUCAAAGAUAUGCAACCUAUUUCCAAACCAGAGGACAAACCUAAAUCUCCACUUGACGUAACUAGGCCUAUUCCAAGUACAUUCUCUUCUGACGAAUCUGACGAAGAAUUUGAUAAACCCAAGGACACUGACGUGAAACCAGUUUCGCCCCUGAUUCCAUCAGUUGCUAAGCCGGAAGAGAAAGUUAUCAAAGAUAUGCAACCUAUUUCAAAACCAGAGGACAAACCCAAAUCUCCACUUCACGUAACUAGACCUAUUCCAAAUAUAUUCUCUUCUGACGAAUCUGACGAAGAAUUCGAUAAACCCAAGGACACUGUCGCGAAACCUCUUAUGCCCUUGAUCCCAUCAGUUGUCAAGCCUGAAGAAAAAGUUAUCAAAGAUAUACAACCUAUUUCAAAACCAGAGGAGAAACCUAAAUCUCCACUUGACGUAACUAGACCUAUUCCAAGUACAUUCUCUUCUGACGAAUCUGACGAAGAAUUCGACAAACCGAAGCUAACUGACGUGAAAAUAGUUUCGCCCCUGAUUCCAUCAGUUGCCAAGCCGGAAGAGAAAGUUAUCAAAGAUAUGCAACCUAUUUCUAAACCAGAGGAAGAAUUCGAUAAACCGAAGGUCACUGACAGCAAACCAGUUUCGCCCCUGAUUCCAUCAGUUGCUAAGCCAGAAGAGAAAGUUAUCAAAGAUAUACAACCUAUUUCAAAACCAGAGGACAAACCCAAAUCUCCACUUGCCGUAACUAGACCUAUUCCAAGUACAUUCUCUUCUUACGAAUCUGAGGAAGAAUUCGAUAAACCGAAGGUCACUGACGUGAAACCAGUUUCGCCCCUGAUUCCAUCAGUUGCAAGGCCAGAAGAGAAAGUUAUCAAAGAUAUACAACCUAUUUCAAAACCAGAGGACGAACCCAAAUCUCCACUUGACGUAACUAGACACAUUCCAAGUACAUUCUCUUCCGACGAAUCUGAGGAAGAAUUCGAUAAACCGAAGGUCACUGACGUGAAACCAGUUUCGCCCCUGAUUCUAUCAGUUGUUAAGCCAGAAGAAAAAGUUAUCAAAGAUAUACAACCUAUUUCAAAACCAGAGGACAAACCUAAAUCUCCACUUGACGUAACUAGACCUAUUCCAAGUACAUUCUCUUCUGACGAGUCUGAGGAAGAAUUCGAUAAACCGAAGGUCACUGACGUGAAACCAGUUUCGCCCCUGAUUCCAUCAGUUGCCAAGCCAGAAGAGAAAGUUAUCAAAGAUAUGCAACCUAUUUCAAAACCAGAGGACAAACCCAAAUCUCCACUUGACGUAACUAGACACAUUCCAAGCACAUUCUCUUCCGACGAAUCUGAGGAAGAAUUCGAUAAACCGAAGGUCACUGACGUGAAACCAGUUUCGCCCCUGAUUCUAUCAGUUGUUAAGCCAGAAGAAAAAGUUAUCAAAGGUAUACAACCUAUUUCAAAACCAGAGGACAAAACUAAAUCUCCACUUGACGUAACUAGACCUAUUCCAAGUACAUUCUCUUCUGACGAAUCUGACGAAGAAUUCGAUAAACCGAAGGUCACUGACGUGAAAGAAAUUUCGCCCCUGAUACCAUCAGUUGCUAAGCCAGAAGAGAAAGUUAUCAAAGAUAUGCAACCUAUUUUAAAACCAGAGGACAAACCUAAAUCUCCACUUGACGUAACUAGACCUAUUCCAAGUACAUUCUCUUCGGACGAAUCUGACGAAGAAUUCGAUAAACCCAAGGACACUGCCGCGAAACCUGUUAUGCCCUUGAUCCCAUCAGUUGUCAAGCCAGAAGAAAAAGUUAUCAAAGAUAUACAACCUAUUUCAAAACCAGAGGACAAACCUAAAUCUCCACUUGACGUAACUAGACCUAUUCCAAGUACAUUCUCUUCUGACGAAUCUGAGGAAGAAUUCGAUAAACCGAAAGUAACUGACGUGAAACCAGUUUCGCCCCUGAUUCCAUCAGUUGUCAAGCCAGAAGAAAAAGUUAUCAAAGAUAUACAACCUAUUUCAAAACCAGAGGACAAACCUAAGCCUACACUUGACGUUACUAGACCUAUUCCAAGUACAUUCUUUUCUGACGAAUCUGACGAAGAAUUCGAUAAACCGAAGGUAACUGACGUGAAACCAGUUUCGCCCCUGAUUCCAUCAGUUGCCAAGCCAGAAGAAAAAGUUAUCAAAGGUAUACAACCUAUUUCAAAACCAGAGGACAAACCUAAGCCUACACUUGACGUUACUAGACACAUUCCAAGACCAUUCUUUUCUGACGAAUCUGACGAAGAAUUCGAUAAACCGAACGUAACUGACGUGAAACCAGUUUCGCCCCUGAUUCCAUCAGUUGCCAAGCCAGAAGAAAAAGUUAUCAAAGGUAUACAACCUAUUUCAAAACCAGAGGACAAACCUAAGUCUCCACUUGACGUAACUAGACCUAUUCCAAGUACAUUCUCUUCUGACGAAUCUGACGAAGAAUUCGAUAAACCCAAUGACACUGCCGCGAAACCUCUUAUGCCCUUGAUCCCAUCAGUUGUCAAGCCAGAAGAAGAAGUUAUCAAAGAUAUACAACCUAUUUCAAAACCAGAGGACAAACCUAAAUCUCCACUUGACGUAACUAGACCUAUUUCAAGUACAUUCUCUUCUGACGAAUCUGAGGAAGAAUUCGAUAAACCGAAAGUCACUGACGUGAAACCAGUUUCGCCCCUGAUUCCAUCAGUUGUCAAGCCAGAAGAAAAAGUUAUCAAAGAUAUACAACCUAUUUCAAAACCAGAGGACAAACCUAAGCCUACACUUGACGUUACUAGACCUAUUCCAAGUACAUUCUUUUCUGACGAAUCUGACGAAGAAUUCGAUAAACCGAAGGUAACUGACGUGAAACCAGUUUCGCCCCUGAUUCCAUCAGUUGCCAAGCCAGAAGAAAAAGUUAUCAAAGGUAUACAACCUAUUUCAAAACCAGAGGACAAACCUAAGCCUACACUUGACGUUACUAGACACAUUCCAAGACCAUUCUUUUCUGACGAAUCUGACGAAGAAUUCGAUAAACCGAACGUAACUGACGUGAAACCAGUUUCGCCCCUGAUUCCAUCAGUUGCCAAGCCAGAAGAAAAAGUUAUCAAAGGUAUACAACCUAUUUCAAAACCAGAGGACAAACCUAAGCCUACACUUGACGUUACUAGACACAUUCCAAGACCAUUCUCUUCUGACGAAUCUGACGAAGAAUUCGAUAAACCCAAUGACACUGCCGCGAAACCUCUUAUGCCCUUGAUCCCAUCAGUUGUCAAGCCAGAAGAAGAAGUUAUCAAAGAUAUACAACCUAUUUCAAAACCAGAGGACAAACCUAAAUCUCCACUUGACUUAACUAGACCUAUUCCAAGUACAUUCUCUUCUGACGAAUCUGAGGAAGAAUUCGAUAAACCGAUGGUCACUGACGUGAAACCAGUUUCGCCCCUGAUUCCAUCAGUUGCCAACGCAGAAGAGAAAGUUAUCAAAGAUGUGCAACCUAUUUCUAAACCAGAGGACAAACCCAAAUCUCCACUUGACGUAACUAGACCUAUUCCAAGUACAUUCUCUUCUGACGAAUCUGACGAAGAAUUCGAUAAACCCAAAGACACUGUCGCGAAACCUGUUAUGACCUUGGUCCCAUCAGUUGUCAAGCCAGAAGAAAAAGUUAUCAAAGAUAUACAACCUAUUUCAAAACCAGAGGAGAAACCUAAAUCUCCACUUGACGUAACUAGACCUAUUCCAAGUACAUUCUCUUCUGACGAAUCUGACGAAGAAUUCGAUAAACCGAAGGUCACUGACGUGAAACCAGUUUCGCCCCUGACUUCAUCAGUUGCCAAGCCAGAAGAGAAAGUUAUCACAAAUAUACAACCCAUUUCAAAACCAGAGGACAAACCUAAAUCUCCACAUGACGUAACUAGAACUAUUCCAAGUACAUUCUCUUCUGACGAAUCUGACGAAGAAUUCGAUAAACCCAAGGACACUGCCGCGAAACCUGUUAUGCCCUUGAUCCCAUCAGUUGUCAAGCCAGAAGAAAAAGUUAUCAAAGAUAUACAACCUAUUUCAAAACCAGAGGACAAAGCUAAAUCUCCACUUGACGUAACUAGAAUUAUUCCAAGUACAUUCUCUUCUGACGAAUCUGACGAAGAAUUCGAUAAACCCAAGGACACUGUCGUGAAACCUGUUAUGCCCUUCAUCCCAUCAGUUGUCAAGCCAGAAGAAAAAGUUAUCAAAGAUAUACAACCUAUUUCAAAACCAGAGGACAAACCCAAAUCUCCACUUGACGUAACUAGACCUAUUCCAAGUACAUUCUCUUCUGACGAAUCUGACGAAGAAUUCGAUAAACACAGGGGCAGUGCCGCGAAACCUGUUAUGCCCUUGAUCCCAUCAGUUGUCAAGCCAGAAGAAAAAGUUAUCAAAGAUAUACAACCUCUUUCAAAACCAAAGGACAAACCCAAAUCUCCACUUGACGUAACUAGACCUAUUCCAAGUACAUUCUCUUCUGACGAAUCUGACAAAGAAUUCGAUAAACCGAAGGUCACUGACGUGAAACCAGUUUCGCCCGUGAUUCCAUCAGUUGUUAGGCCAGAAGAAAAAGUUAUCAAAUAUAUACAACCUAUUUCAAGACCAGAGGACAAACCCAUAUCUCCACUUGACGUAACUACAACUAUUCCAAGUAAAUUCUCUUCUGACGAAUCUUACGAAGAAUUCAAUAAACACAAGGGCACUGCCGCGAAACCUGUUAUGCCCUUGAUCCCAUCAGUUGUCAAGCCAGAAGAAACAGUUAUCAAAGAUAUACAACCUAUUUCAAAACCAGAGGGCAAACCUAAAUCUCAACUUGACGUAACUAGACCUAUUCCAAGUACAUUCUCUUCGGACGAAUCUGACGAAGAAUUCGAUAAACCCAAGGACACUGCCGCGAAACCUGUUAUGCCCUUGAUCCCAUCAGUUGUCAAGCCAGAAGAAAAAGUUAUCAAAGAGAUGCAACCUAUUUCAAAACCAGAGGAGAAACCUAAAUCUCCACUUGACGUAACUAGACCUAUUCGAAGUACAUUCUCUUCUGACGAAUCUGACGAAGAAUUCGAUAAACCGAAGGUCACUGACGUGAAACCAGUUUCGCCCCUGAUUCCAUCAGUUGCCAAGCCAGAAGAGAAAGUUAUCAAAGAUAUGCAACCUAUUUCAAAACCAGAGGACAAACCUAAAUCUCCACUUGACGUAACUAGACCUAUUCCAAGUACAUUCUUUUCUGACGAAUCUGAGGAAGAAUUCGAUAAACCGAAGGUCUCUGACGUCAAACCAGUUUCGCCCCUGAUUCCAUCAGUUGCCAUGCCAGAAGGAAAAGUUAUCAAAGAUAUACAACCUAUUUCAAAACCAGAGGACAAACCUAAAUCUCAACUUGACGUUACUAGACCUAUUCCAAGUACAUUCUCUUCUGACGAAUCUGCCGAAGAAUUCGAUAAACCCAAGGACACUGCCGCGAAACCUGUUAUGCCCUUGAUCCCAUCAGUUGUCAAGCCAGAAGAAAAAGUUAUCAAAGAUAUGCAACCUAUUUCAAAACCAGAGGACAAACCUAAAUCUCCACUUGACGUAACUAGACCUAUUCGAAGUACAUUCUCUUCUGACGAAUCUGACGAAGAAUUCGAUAAACCGAAGGUCACUGACGUGAAACCAGUUUCGCCCCUGAUUCCAUCAGUUGCCAAGCCAGAAGAGAAAGUUAUCAAAGAUAUGCAACCUAUUUCAAAACCAGAGGACAAACCUAAAUCUCCACUUGACGUAACUAGACCUAUUCCAAGUACAUUCUUUUCUGACGAAUCUGAGGAAGAAUUCGAUAAACCGAAGGUCUCUGACGUCAAACCAGUUUCGCCCCUGAUUCCAUCAGUUGCCAUGCCAGAAGGAAAAGUUAUCAAAGAUAUACAACCUAUUUCAAAACCAGAGGACAAACCUAAAUCUCAACUUGACGUUACUAGACCUAUUCCAAGUACAUUCUCUUCUGACGAAUCUGCCGAAGAAUUCGAUAAACCCAAGGACACUGCCGCGAAACCUGUUAUGCCCUUGAUCCCAUCAGUUGUCAAGCCAGAAGAAAAAGUUAUCAAAGAUAUGCAACCUAUUUCAAAACCAGAGGACAAACCUAAAUCUCCACUUGACUUAACUAGACCUAUUCCAAGUACAUUCUCUUCUGACGAAUCUGAGGAAGAAUUCGAUAAACCGAUGGUCACUGACGUGAAACCAGUUUCGCCCCUGAUUCCAUCAGUUGCCAACCCAGAAGAGAAAGUUAUCAAAGAUGUGCAACCUAUUUCAAAACCAGAGGACAAACCUAAAUCUCCACUUGACGUAACUAGACCUAUUCCAAGUACAUUCUCUUCUGACGAAUCUGACGAAGAAUUCGAUAAACCCAAGGACACUGUCGCGAAACCUGUUAUGCCCUUGAUCCCAUCAGUUGUCAAGCCAGAAGAAAAAGUUAUCAAAGAUAUACAACCUAUUUCAAAACCAGAGGACAAACCUAAAUCUCCACUUGACGUAACUAGACCUAUUCCAAGUACAUUCUCUUCUGACGAAUCUGACGAAGAAUUCGAUAAACCCAAGGACACUGUCGCGAAACCUGUUAUGCCCUUGAUCCCAUCAGUUGUCAAGCCAGAAGAAAAAGUUAUCAAAGAUAUACAACCUAUUUCAAAACCAGAGGAGAAACCUAAAUCUCCACUUGACGUAACUAGACCUGUUCCAAGUACAUUCUCUUCUGACGAAUCUGACGAAGAAUUCGAUAAACCCAAGGACACUGUCGCGAAACCUGUUAUGCCCUUGGUCCCAUCAGUUGUCAAGCCAGAAGAAAAAGUUAUCAAAGAUAUACAACCUAUUUCAAAACCAGAGGACAAAGCUAAAUCUCCACUUGGCGUAACUAGACCUAUUCCAAGUACAUUCUCUUCUGACGAAUCUGACGAAGAAUUCGAUAAACCCAAGGAAACUGUCGUGAAACCUGUUAUGCCCUUCAUGCCAUCAGUUGUCAAGCCAGAAGAAAAAGUUAUCAAAGAUAUACAACCUAUUUCAAAACCAGAAGACAAACCCAAAUCUCCACUUGACGUAACUGGACCUAUUCCAAGUACAUUCUCUUCUGACGAAUCUGACGAGGAAUUCGAUAAACACAAGGGCACUGCCGCGAAACCUGUUAUGCCCUUGAUCCCAUCAGUUGUCAAGCCAGAAGAAAAAGUUAUCAAAGAUAUACAACCUCUUUCAAAACCAGAGGACAAACCCAAAUCUCCACUUGACGUAACUAGACUUAUUCCAAGUACAUUCUCUUCUGACGAAUCUGACGAAGAAUUCGAUAAACCGAAGGUCACUGACGUGAAACCAGUUUCGCCCCUGAUUCCAUCAGUUGUUAAGCCAGAAGAAAAAGUUAUCAAAGAUAUACAACCUAUUUCAAAACCAGAGGACAAACCUAAAUCUCCACUUGACGUAACUAGACCUAUUCCAAGUACAUUCUCUUCUGACGAAUCUGACAAAGAAUUCGAUAAACCGAAGGUCACUGACGUGAAACCAGUUUCGCCCCUGAUUCCAUCAGUUGUUAGGCCAGAAGAAAAAGUUAUCAAAUAUAUACAACCUAUUUCAAAACCAGAGGACAAACCCAAAUCUCCACUUGACGUAACUACAACUAUUCCAAGUAAAUUCUCUUCUGACGAAUCUGACGAAGAAUUCAAUAAACACAAGGGCACUGCCGCGAAACCUGUUAUGCCCUUGAUCCCAUCAGUUGUCAAGCCAGAAGAAAAAGUUAUCAAAGAUAUACAACCUAUUUCAAAACCAGAGGACAAACCUAAAUCUCCACUUGACGUAACUAGACCUAUUCCAAGUACAUUCUCUUCGGACGAAUCUGACGAAGAAUUCGAUAAACCCAAGGACACUGCCGCGAAACCUGUUAUGCCCUUGAUCCCAUCAGUUGUCAAGCCAGAAGAAAAAGUUAUCAAAGAUAUACAACCUAUUUCAAAACCAGAGGACAAACCUAAAUCUCCACUUGACGUAACUAGACCUAUUCCAAGUACAUUCUCUUCUGACGAAUCUGAGGAAGAAUUCGAUAAACCGAAGGUCACUGACGUGAAACCAGUUUCGCCCCUGACUUCAUCAGUUGCCAAGCCAGAAGAAAAAGUUAUCACAAAUAUACAACCCAUUUCAAAACCAGAGGACAAACCCAAAUCCCCACUUGACGUAACUACAACUAUUCCAAGUAAAUUCUCUUCGGACGAAUCUGACGAAGAAUGCGAUAAACCCAAGGACACUGCCGCGAAACCUGUUAUGCCCUUGAUCCCAUCAGUUGUCAAGCCAGAAGAGAAAGUUAUCAAAGAUAUACAACCUAUUUCAAAACCAGAGGACAAACCUAAAUCUCCACUUGACGUAACUAGACAUAUUCCAAGUACAUUCUCUUCUGACGAAUCUGAGGAAGAAUUCGAUAAACCGAAGGUCACUGACGUCAAACCAGUUUCGCCCCUGAUUCCAUCAGUUGUCAAGCCAGAAGAGAAAGUUAUCAAAGAUAUACAACCUAUUUCAAAACCAGAGGACAAACCCAAAUCUCCACUUGACGUAACUAGACCUAUUCCAAGUACAUUCUCUUCUGACGAAUCUGACGAAGAAUUCGAUAAACCCAAGGACACUGCCGCGAAACCUGUUAUGCCCUUGAUCCCAUCAGUUGUCAAGACAGAGGAAACAGUUAUCAAAGAUAUACAACCUAUUUCAAAACCAGAGGACAAACCUAAAUCUCCACUUGACGUAACUAGACCUAUUCGAAGUACAUUCUUUUCUGACGAAUCUGACGAAGAAUUCGAAAAACCGAAGGUCACUGACGUGAAACCAGUUUCGCCCCUGAUUCCAUCAGUUGCCAAGCCAGAAGAGAAAGUUAUCAAAGAUAUGCAACCUAUUUCAAAACCAGAGGACAAACCUAAAUUUCCACUUGACGUAACUACAACUAUUCGAAGUACAUUCUCUUCUGACGAAUCUGACGAAGAAUUCGAUAAACCGAAGGUCACUGACGUGAAACCAGUUUCGCCCCUGAUUCCAUCAGUUGUCAAGCCAGAAGAAAAAGUUAUCAAAGAUAUACAACCUAUUUCAAAACCAGAGGACAAACCCAAAUCUCCACUUGACGUAACUAGACCUAUUCCAAGUACAUUCUCUUCUGACGAAGAAUUCGAUAAUCCGAAGGUCACUGACGUGAAACCAGUUUCGGCCCUGAUUCCAUCAGUUGCCAAGCCAGAAGAGAAAGUUAUCAAAGAUAUGCAACCUAUUUCAAAACCAGAGGACAAACCUAAAUCUCCACUUGACGUAACUAGACCUAUUCCAAGUACAUUCUUUUCUGACGAAUCUGACGAAGAAUUCGAAAAACCCAAGGACACUGCCGUGAAACCUGUUAUGCCCUUGAUCCCAUCAGUUGUCAAGCCAGAAGAAAAAGUUAUCAAAGAUAUACAACCUAUUUCAAAACCAGAGGACAAACCUAAAUCUCCACUUGACGUAACUAGACCUAUUCGAAGUACAUUCUCUUCUGACGAAUCUGACGAAGAAUUCGAUAAACCGAAGGUCACUGACGUGAAACCAGUUUCGCCCCUGAUCCCAUCAGUUGUCAAGCCAGAAGAAAAAGUUAUCAAAGAUAUACAACCUAUUUCAAAACCAGAGGACAAACCUAAAUCUCCACUUGACGUAACUAGACCUAUUCCAAGUACAUUCUCUUCGGACGAAUCUGACGAAGAAUUCGAUAAACCCAAGGACACUGCCGCGAAACCUGUUAUGCCCUUGAUCCCAUCAGUUGUCAAGCCAGAAGAAAAAGUUAUCAAAGAUAUACAACCUAUUUCAAAACUAGAGGACAAACCUAAAUCUCCACUUGACGUAACUAGACCUAUUCCAAGUACAUUCUUUUCUGACGAAUCUGACGAAGAAUUCGAAAAACCGAAGGUCACUGACGUGAAACCAGUUUCGCCCCUGAUUCCAUCGGUUGCCAAGCCAGAAGAAAAAGUUAUCAAAGAUAUACAACCUAUUUCAAAACCAGAGGACAAACCUAAAUCUCCACUUGAAGUAACUAGACCUAUUCCAAGUACAUUCUCUUCUGACGAAUCUGAGGAAGAAUUCGAUAAACCGAAGGUCACUGACGUCAAACCAGUUUCGCCCCUGAUUCCAUCAGUUGCCAAGCCAGAAGAGAAAGUUAUCAAAGAUAUACAACCUAUUUCAAAACCAGAGGACAAAGCUAAAUCUCCACUUGACGUAACUAGACCUAUUCCAAGUACAUUCUCUUCUGACGAAGAAUUCGAUAAACCCAAGGACACUGCCGCGAAACCUGUUAUGCCCUUGAUCCCAUCAGUUGUCAAGCCAGAAGAAAAAGUUAUCAAAGAUAUACAACCUAUUUCAAAACCAGAGGACAAACCUAAAUCUCCACUUGACGUAACUAGACCUAUUCCAAGUACAUUCUCUUCUGACGAAUCUGACGAAGAAUUCGAUAAACCGAAGGUCACUGACGUGAAACCAGUUUCGCCCCUGAUUCCAUCGGUUGCCAAGCCAGAAGAAAAAGUUAGCAAAGAUAUACAACCUAUUUCAAAACCAGAGGACAAACCUAAAUCUCAACUUGACGUUACUAGACCUAUUCCAAGUACAUUCUCUUCUGACGAAUCUGACGAAGAAUUCGAUAAACCCAAGGACACUGCCGCGAAACCUGUUAUGCCCUUGAUCCCAUCAGUUGUCAAGCCAGAAGAAAAAGUUAUCAAAGAUAUACAACUUAUUUCAAAACCAGAGGACAAACCUAAAUCUCCACUUGACGUAACUAGACCUAUUCGAAGUACAUUCUCUUCUGACGAAUCUGACGAAGAAUUUGAUAAACCCAAGGACACUGCCGUGAAACCUGUUAUGCCCUUGAUCCCAUCAGUUGUCAAGCCAGAAGAAAAAGUUAUCAAAGAUAUACAACCUAUUUCAAAACCAGAGGACAAACCUAAAUCUCCACUUGACGUAACUAGACCUAUUCGAAGUACAUUCUCUUCUGACGAAUCUGACGAAGAAUUCGAUAAACCGAAGGUCACUGACGUGAAACCAGUUUCGCCCCUGAUUCCAUCAGUUGUCAAGCCAGAAGAAAAAGUUAUCAAAGAUAUACAACCUAUUUCAAAACCAGAGGACAAACCCAAAUCUCCACUUGACGUAACUAGACCUAUUCCAAGUACAUUCUCUUCUGACGAAGAAUUCGAUAAUCCGAAGGUCACUGACGUGAAACCAGUUUCGGCCCUGAUUCCAUCAGUUGCCAAGCCAGAAGAGAAAGUUAUCAAAGAUAUGCAACCUAUUUCAAAACCAGAGGACAAACCUAAAUCUCCACUUGACGUAACUAGACCUAUUCCAAGUACAUUCUCUUCUGACGAAUCUGACGAAGAAUUCGAUAAACCCAAGGACACUGCCGCGAAACCUGUUAUGCCCCUGAUCCCAUCAGUUGUCAAGCCAGAAGAAAAAGUUAUCAAAGACAUACAACCUAUUUCAAAACCAGAGGACAAACCUAAAUCUCCACUUGACGUAACUAGACCUAUUCCAAGUACAUUCUCUUCUGACGAGUUUGAGGAAGAAUUCGAGAAACCGAAGGUCACUGACGUGAAACCAGUUUCACCCCUGAUUCCAUCAGUUGCCAAGCCAGAAGAGAAAGUUAUCAAAGAUAUGCAACCUAUUUCAAAACCAGAGGACAAACCUAAAUCUCCACUUGACGUAACUAGACCUAUUCCAAGUACAUUCUCUUCUGACGAAUCUGACGAAGAAUUCGAUAAUCCGAAGGUCACUGACGUGAAACCAGUUUCGGCCCUGAUUCCAUCAGUUGCCAAGCCAGAAGAGAAAGUUAUCAAAGAUAUGCAACCUAUUUCAAAACCAGAGGACAAACCCAAAUCUCCACUUGACGUAACUAGACCUAUUCCAAGUACAUUCUCUUCUGACGAAUCUGACGAAGAAUUCGAUAAACCCAAGGACACUGCCGCGAAACCUGUUAUGCCCUUGAUCCCACCAGUUGUCAAGCCAGAAGAAAAAGAUAUCAAAGAUAUACAACCUAUUUCAAAACCAGAGGACAAACCUAAAUCUCCACUUGACAUAACUAGACCUAUUCCAAGUACAUUCUCUUCUGACGAAUCUGAGAAAGAAUUCGAUAAACCGAAGGUCACUGACGUGAAACCAGUUUCGCCCCUGAUUCCAUCAGUUGCCAAGCCAGAAGAGAAAGUUAUCAAAGAUAUACAACCUAUUUCAAAACCAGAGGACAAACCUAAAUCUCCACUUGAUGUAACUAGACCUAUUCCAAGUACAUUCUCUUCUGACGAAUCUGCGGAAGAAUUCGAUAAACCCAAAUACACUGCCGCGAAACCUGUUAUGCCCUUGAUCCCAUUAGUUCUCAAGCCAGAAGAAAAAGUUAUCAAAGAUAUGCAACCUAUUUCAAAACCAGAGGACAAAGCUAAAUCUCCACUUGACGUAACUAGACCUAUUCCAAGUACAUUCUCUUCUGACGAAUCUGCCGAAGAAUUCGAUAAACCCAAGGACACUGCCGCGAAACCUGUUAUGCCCUUGAUCCCAUCAGUUGUCAAGCCAGAAGAAAAAGUUAUCAAAGAUAUACAACCUAUUUCAAAACCAGAGGACAAACCUAAAUCUCCACUUGACGUAACUAGACCCAUUCCAAGUGCAUUCUCUUCUGACGAAUCUGCGGAAGAAUUCGAUAAACCGAAAGUCACUGACGUGAAACCAGUUUCGCCCCUGAUUCCAUCAGUUGCCAAGCCAGAAGAGAAAGUUAUCAAAGAUAUGCAACCUAUUUCAAAACCAGAGGACAAACCCAAAUCUCCACUUGACGUAACUAGACCUUUUCCAAGUACAUUCUCUUCUGACGAAUCUGAGGAAGAAUUCGAUAAACCGAAGGUCACUGACGUGAAACCAGUUUCUGCCCUGAUUCCAUCAGUUGCCAAGCCAGAAGAGAAAGUUAUCAAAGAUAUGCAACCUAUUUCAAAACCAGAGGACAAACCUAAAUCUCAACUUGACGUUACUAGCCCUAUUCCAAGUACAUUCUCUUCUGACGAAUCUGACGGAGAAUUCGAUAAACCGAAGGUCACUGACGUGAAACCAGUUUCGGACCUGAUUCCAUCAUUUGCCAAGCCAGAAGAGAAAGUUAUCAAAGAUAUGCAACCUAUUUCAAAACCAGAGGACAAACCCAAAUCUCCACUUGACGUAACUAGACUUAUUCCAAGUACAUUCUCUUCUGACGAAUCUGACGAAGAAUUCGAUAAACCCAAGGACACUGCCGCGAAAUCUGUUAUGCCCUGGAUCCCAUCAGUUGUCAAGCCAGAAGAAAAAGUUAUCAAAGAUAUACAACCUAUUUCAAAACCAGAGGACAAACCUAAUUCUCCACUUGACGUAACUAGACCUAUUUCAAGUACAUUCUCUUCUGACGAAUCUGAGGAAGAAUUCCAUAAACCGAAAGUCACUGACGUGAAACCAGUUUCGCCCCUGAUUCCAUCAGUUGCCAAGCCAGAAGAGAAAGUUAUCAAAGAUAUGCAACCUAUUUCAAAACCAGAGGACAAACCUAAAUCUCCACUUGACGUAACUAGACCUAUUCCAAGUACAUUCUCCUCUGACGAAUCUGACGAAGAAUUCGAUAAACCCAAGGACACUGCCGCGAAACCUGUUAUGCCCUUGAUCCCAUCAGUUGUCAAGCCAGAAGAAAAAGUUAUCAAAGAUAUACAACCUAUUUCAAAACCAGAGGACAAACCUAAAUCUCCACUUGAAGUAACUAGACCUAUUCCAAGUACAUUCUCUUCUGACGAAUCUGAGGAAGAAUUCGAUAAACCGAAGGUCACUGACGUGAAACCAGUUUCGCCCCUGAUUCCAUCAGUUGCCAAGCCAGAAGAGAAAGUUAUCAAAGAUAUACAACCUAUUUCAAAACCAGAGGACAAACCUAAAUCUCCACUUGACGUAACUAGACCUAUUCCAAGUACAUUCUCUUCUGACGAAGAAUUCGAUAAACCCAAGGACACUGCCGCGAAACCUGUUAUGCCCUUGAUCCCAUCAGUUGUCAAGCCAGAAGAAAAAGUUAUCAAAGAUGUACAACCUAUUUCAAAACCAGAGGACAAACCUAAAUUUCCACUUGACGUAACUAGACCUAUUCCAAGUACAUUCUCUUCUGACGAAUCUGACGAAGAAUUCGAUAAACCGAAGGUCACUGACGUGAAACCAGUUUCGGACCUGAUUCCAUCAUUUGCCAAGCCAGAAGAGAAAGUUAUCAAAGAUAUGCAACCUAUUUCAAAACCAGAGGACAAACCCAAAUCUCCACUUGACGUAACUAGACCUAUUCCAAGUACAUUCUCUUCUGACGAAUCUGACGAAGAAUUCGAUAAACCCAAGGACACUGCCGCGAAAUCUGUUAUGCCCUGGAUCCCAUCAGUUGUCAAGCCAGAAGAAAAAGUUAUCAAAGAUAUACAACCUAUUUCAAAACCAGAGGACAAACCUAAUUCUCCACUUGACGUAACUAGACCUAUUUCAAGUACAUUCUCUUCUGACGAAUCUGAGGAAGAAUUCGAUAAACCGAAAGUCACUGACGUGAAACCAGUUUCGCCCCUGAUUCCAUCAGUUGCCAAGCCAGAAGAGAAAGUUAUCAAAGAUAUGCAACCUAUUUCAAAACCAGAGGACAAACCUAAAUCUCCACUUGACGUAACUAGACCUAUUCCAAGUACAUUCUCCUCUGACGAAUCUGACGAAGAAUUCGAUAAACCCAAGGACACUGCCGCGAAACCUGUUAUGCCCUUGAUCCCAUCAGUUGUCAAGCCAGAAGAAAAAGUUAUCAAAGAUAUACAACCUAUUUCAAAACCAGAGGAGAAACCUAAAUCUCCACUUGACGUAACUAGACCUAUUCCAAGUACAUUCUCCUCUGACGAAUCUGACGAAGAAUUCGAUAAACCCAAGGACACUGCCGUGAAACCUGUUAUGCCCUUGAUCCCAUCAGUUGUCAAGCCAGAAGAAAAAGUUAUCAAAAAUAUACAACCUAUUUCAAAACCAGAGGACAAACCUAAAUUUCCACUUGACGUAACUAGACCUAUUCCAAGUGCAUUCUCUUCUGACGAAGAAUUCGAUAAACCGAUGGUCACUGACGCGAAACCUGUUAUGCCCUUGAUCCCAUCAGUUGUCAAGCCAGAAGAAAAAGUUAUCAAAGAUAUACAACCUAUUUCAAAACCAGAGGACAAACCUAAAUCUCCACUUGACGUAACUAGACCUAUUCCAAGUACAUUCUCUUCUGACGAAUCUGAGGAAGAAUUCGAUAAACCGAAGGUCACUGACGUGAAACCAGUUUCGCCCCUGAUUCCAUCAGUUGUCAAGCCAGAAGAAAAAGUUAUCAAAGAUAUGCAACCUAUUUCAAAACCAGAGGACAAACCCAAAUCUCCACUUGACGUAACUAGACCUAUUCCAAGUACAUUCUCUUCUGACGAAUCUGAGGAAGAAUUCGAUAAACCGAAGGUCACUGACGUGAAACCAGUUUCGCCCCUGAUUCCAUCAGUUGUCAAGCCAGAAGAAAAAGUUAUCAAAGAUAUACAACCUAUUUCAAAACCAGAGGACAAACCCAAAUCUCCACUUGACGUAACUAGACCUAUUCCAAGUACAUUCUCUUCUGACGAAUCUGACGAAGAAUUCGAUAAUCCGAAGGUCACUGACGUGAAACCAGUUUCGCCCCUGAUUCCAUCAGUUGCCAAGCACGAAGAGAAAGUUAUCAAAGAUAUGCACCCUAUUUCAAAACCAGAGGACAAACCUAAAUCUCCACUUGACGUAACUAGACCUAUUCCAAGUACAUUCUCUUCUGACGAAUCUGACGAAGAAUUUGAUAAACCCAAGGACACUGACGUGAAACCAGUUUGGCCCCUGAUUCCAUCAGUUGCUAAGCCAGAAGAGAAAGUUAUCAAAGAUAUGCAACCUACUUCAAAACCAGAGGACAAACCCAAAUCUCCACAUGACGUAACUAGACCUAUUCCAAGUACAUUCUCUUCUGACGAAUCUGAGGAAGAAUUCGAUAAACCGAAGGUCACUGACGUGAAAAUAGUUUCUUCCCUGAUUCCAUCAGUUGCCAAGCCAGAAGAGAAAGUUAUCAAAGAUAUGCAACCUAUUUCAAAACCAGAGGACAAACCUAAGCCUACACUUGACGUUACUAGACCUAUUCCAAGUACAUUCUCUUCUGACGAAUCUGACGAAGAAUUCGAUAAACCGAAGGUCACUGACGUGAAACCAGUUUCGGACCUGAGUCCAUCAGUUGCCAAGCCAGAAGAGAAAGCUGUCAAAGAUAUGCAACCUAUUUCAAAACCAGAGGACAAACCCAAAUCUCCACUUGACGUAACUAGACCUAUUCCAAGUACAUUCUCUUCUGACGAAUCUGACGAAGAAUUCGAUAAACCCAAGGACACUGCCGCGAAAUCUGUUAUGCCCUGGAUCCCAUCAGUUGUGAAGCCAGAAGAAAAAGUUAUCAAAGAUAUACAACCUAUUUCAAAACCAGAGGACAAACCUAAUUCUCCACUUGACGUAACUAGACCUAUUUCAAGUACAUUCUCCUCUGACGAAUCUGACGAAGAAUUCGAUAAACAGAAAGUCACUGACGUGAAACCAGUUUCGCCCCUGAUUCCAUCAGUUGCCAAGCCAGAAGAGAAAGUUAUCAAAGAUAUACAACCUAUUUCAAAACCAGAGGACAAACCUAAAUCUCCACUUGACGUAACUAGACCUAUUCCAAGUACAUUCUCUUCUGACGAAUCUGAGGAAGAAUUCGAUAAACCGAAGGUCACUGACGUGAAACCAGUUUCGGCCCUGAUUCCAUCAGUUGCCAAGCCAGAAGAGAAAGUUAUCAAAGAUAUGCAACCUAUUUCAAAACCAGAGGACAAACCUAAAUCUCCACUUGACGUAACUAGACCUAUUCGAAGUACAUUCUCUUCUGACGAAUCUGACGAAGAAUUCGAUAAACCCAAGGACACUGCCGCGAAACCUGUUAUGCCCUUGAUCCCAUCAGUUGUCAAGCCUGAAGAAAACGUUAUCAAAGAUAUACAACCUAUUUCAAAACCAGAAGACAAACCCAAAUCUCCACUUGACGUAACUAGACCUAUUCCAAGUACAUUCUCUUCUGACGAAUCUGACGAAGAAUUCGAUAAACCGAAGGUCACUGACGUGAAACCAGUUUCGCCCCUGAUUCCAUCAGUUGCCAAGCCAGAAGAAAAAGUUAUCAAAGAUAUACAACCUAUUUCAAAACCAGAGGACAAACCUAAAUCUUCACUUGACGUAACUAGACCUAUUCCAAGUACAUUCUCUUCUGACGAAUCUGACGAAGAAUUCGAUAAACCCAAGGACACUGCCGCGAAACCUGUUAUGCCCUUGAUCCCAUCAGUUGUCAAGGCAGAAGAAGAAGUUAUCAAAGAUAUACAACCUAUUUCAAAACCAGAGGACAAACCUAAAUCUCCACUUGACGUAACUAGACCUAUUCCAAGUACAUUCUCUUCUGACGAAUCUGAGGAAGAAUUCGAUAAACCGAAGGUCACUGACGUGAAACCAGUUUCGCCCCUGAUUCCAUCAGUUGUCAAGCCAGAAGGAAAAGUUAUCAAAGAUAUACAACCUAUUUCAAAACCAGAGGACAAACCCAAAUCUCCACUUGACGUAGCUAGACCUAUUCCAAGUACAUUCUCUUCUGACGAAUCUGAGGAAGAGUUCGAGAAACCCAAGGACACUGCCGCGAAACCUGUUAUGCCCUUGAUCCCAUCAGUUGUCAAGCCUGAAGAAAACGUUAUCAAAGAUAUACAACCUAUUUCAAAACCAGAAGACAAACCCAAAUCUCCACUUGACGUAACUAGACCUAUUCCAAGUACAUUCUCUUCUGACGAAUCUGAGGAAGAAUUCGAUAAACCGAAGGUCACUGACGUCAAACCAGUUUCGCCCCUGAUUCCAUCAGUUGCCAAGCCAGAAGAGAAAGUUUUCAAAGAUAUACAACCUAUUUCAAAACCAGAGGACAAACCUAAAUCUCCACUUGACGUAACUAGACCUAUUCCAAGUACAGUCUCUUCUGACGAAUCUGACGAAGAAUUCGAUAAACCCAAGGACACUGCCGCGAAACCUGUUAUGCCCUUGAUCCCAUCAGUUGUCAAGCCUGAAGAAAACGUUAUCAAAGAUAUACAACCUAUUUCAAAACCAGAAGACAAACCCAAAUCUCCACUUGACGUAACUAGACCUAUUCCAAGUACAUUCUCUUCUGACGAAUCUGAGGAAGAAUUCGAUAAACCGAAGGUCACUGACGUGAAACCAGUUUCGCCCCUGAUUCCAUCAGUUGCCAAGCCAGAAGAAAAAGUUAUCAAAGAUAUACAACCUAUUUCAAAACCAGAGGACAAACCCAAAUCUCCACUUGACGUAACUAGACCUGUUCCAAGUACAUUCUCUUCUGACGAAUCUGACGAAGAAUUCGAUAAACCCAAGGACACUGCCGCGAAAUCUGUUAUGCCCUGGAUCCCAUCAGUUGUGAAGCCAGAAGAAAAAGUUAUCAAAGAUAUACAACCUAUUUCAAAACCAGAGGACAAACCUAAUUCUCCACUUGACGUAACUAGACCUAUUUCAAGUACAUUCUCCUCUGACGAAUCUGACGAAGAAUUCGAUAAACCGAAAGUCACUGACGUGAAACCAGUUUCGCCCCUGAUUCCAUCAGUUGCCAAGCCAGAAGAGAAAGUUAUCAAAGAUAUACAACCUAUUUCAAAACCAGAGGACAAACCUAAAUCUCCACUUGACGUAACUAGACCUAUUCCAAGUACAUUCUCUUCUGACGAAUCUGAGGAAGAAUUCGAUAAACCGAAGGUCACUGACGUGAAACCAGUUUCGGCCCUGAUUCCAUCAGUUGCCAAGCCAGAAGAGAAAGUUAUCAAAGAUAUGCAACCUAUUUCAAAACCAGAGGACAAACCUAAAUCUCCACUUGACGAAACUAGACCUAUUCGAAGUACAUUCUCUUCUGACGAAUCUGACGAAGAAUUCGAUAAACCCAAGGACACUGCCGCGAAACCUGUUAUGCCCUUGAUCCCAUCAGUUGUCAAGCCUGAAGAAAACGUUAUCAAAGAUAUACAACCUAUUUCAAAACCAGAAGACAAACCCAAAUCUCCACUUGACGUAACUAGACCUAUUCCAAGUACAUUCUCUUCUGACGAAUCUGAGGAAGAAUUCGAUAAACCGAAGGUCACUGACGUGAAACCAGUUUCGCCCCUGAUUCCAUCAGUUGCCAAGCCAGAAGAGAUAGUUAUCAAAGAUAUGCAACCUAUUUCAAAACCAGAGGACAAACCCAAAUCUUCACUUGACGUAACUAGACCUAUUCUAAGUACAUUCUCGUCUGACGAAUCUGACGAAGAAUUCCAUAAACCCAAGGACACUGCCGCGAAACCUGUUGUGCCCUUGAUCCCAUCAGUUGUCAAGCCAGAAGAAAAAGUUAUCAAAGAUAUACAACCUAUUUCAAAACCAGAGGACAAACCUAAAUCUCCACUUGACGUAACUAGACCUAUUCCAAGUGCAUUCUCUUCUGACGAAUCUGACGAAGAAUUCGAUAAACCGAAGGUCACUGACGUGAAACCAGUUUCGCCCCUGAUUCCAUCAGUUGCCAAGCCAGAAGAGAGAGUUAUCAAAAAUAUGCAACCUAUUUCAAAACCAGAGGACAAACCCAAAUCUCCACUUGACGUAACUACACUUAUUCCAAGUACAUUCUCUUCUGACGAAUCUGACGAAGAAUUCCAUAAACCCAAGGACACUGCCGCGAAACCUGUUGUGCCCUUGCUCCCAUCAGUUGUCAAGCCAGAGGAAAAAGUUAUCAAAGAUAUACAACCUAUUUCAAAACCAGAGGACAAACCUAAAUCUCCACUUGAUAAUUCGAUAAACCCAAGGACACUGCCGCGAAACCUGUUAUGCCCUUGA